AAGCAGAGGAGCCGGCUACGGCGGCGGCGGAGGGGCUUGAGGAGGAGGGAGAAGAGGUGGCAGAUGACGAUGACGAUGAUGGCGACGAUGACGGCGGCAACAGCAGCAAUAGCAGCGGCAGCAGCAGCAGCAAUGGCGGCAGUAGCGGUGACAGCAAUAGUGACGUCGGUAGUAACGGCGGCAGCAAUGAAGGUGUCGCCCGCAGAAGGGGAAUAUCGGAAGUUGCUGUGGGGGCGCUUCUGGUAGCUGCUAGACGGCUUCAGCUCGGACUGCCCGGCUCGGCGUUAGAGCUCGCGGCGCUACGACGACUCACGGGAACGUUUUGGCUGUUUUUCAGCGGGCGCCAGUUAGCCACGCUGCUGACGGUGCUCACGAAGGAUCAUCACGUGCUCGAGGCGCGCGUGCUGCAUCAGAUUGCGGGAAGGCUGGGCGAUGGGGAGUGCCGACUGAGUCCGGAGGACGCCAUAAAGGCGCUGACUGGCCUUGCAGACCAGGCUUACAUCGGGCUGAGUCCCUUCAAGCUGCAUGCGAUGGUUGGACCGAUCUUCUUGUGCAUUCGCGACCUUGACCCCGAGGCACGCUUGCGAGCGGAACAGCGGCGGAGGCAGCGGCGCAACAAACUGAUUAAUGCCGAUGAUAUGUCAGCAGCAGGAGCAGCGGAUGCUGCAACCAGCGCCUCCGAUGACUCCGUCCGGGACAUUGCCUCCAUGAAAUCGACCCAUGGGUCGGAGGCAUGCAGUCGUGAACGCUAUGUGACCUUUUGUCAAAAAGUUGAGCCGCUGCUGGAGCGCCUGCAGCUCGACUGGGCGGCUGCGGAGGGGCUGGCUGCAGUGCGGCGGGAGCUGUCCGCCUUCGCCGCCUCGGGAGGCGCACAGCCCCUGGCGGUUUUCAUGGCCUGGCGUACCUUCAUCCGCCGAGGCCGAGUGCUGCACAGGCGGCGGCAGCUGCUGCAGGAGGCUUCCUCUCGCGCCGGACCCGCCGCCUUGUCCGCCGCCGACCUGGAUGACUUCAUAGAGGAGGCGCGACGGGAGCUGCUGACGUGGGCUAAGCCGGGGAGUAGCAUUCUAGAGAGCGUGCUGGCUAUGGAGGAGGGGUGAGAGGGGCCGGCGACAGGGAUGGAGGGGGCGGGGGCGAUAACUGCUGGGAAGGGACGAGGCUAAGAAGGCGGGGGAGGAGGCGGUUGAGGAAAGCGUGUGGGUUGCAGCCUGUGUCAGGAGGGGCGGGGAUGAGCUUGGAGAGCAUGUGUUGACAUGGCGUCGCUGGCAGUCUGGGCACUGACAACGUGGGGUACUGCAGGAGGUAAUGUGCGGAGGUAAUGUACCGGAGGAACACGAGUGGAGGUAGCGUACCGUAGAGGACGGGUUAGAUGCUCGCAGCGAGUACGGCAGGAUGGACGGAUGGGUGGAGGGAUGCAGGCUGUGGGGAGUUUUAUGCAGCUUCCUGGCGUGCUGUGAGAGUGGUGCCCUGAAUGUGGUGCUGGUGUAUGUGGUUCUGGCAUGUCGUACAUGUCGUACAUACAUGAGUUGUGGUGCUUGGCUGUUGGCUGGUGCUCUCAGAGCCCUGGCCGUCAGUCGGCGUAAGGGUGAAGGUUGAUGCCUUGGAUGCCAAUUUUUAGCAAUUAUGGAUGAUCGUGGCUGAACCGCACC